AUGACGGGGCUGCACUUGAUGAGCCUUGGGGGCCCCUUCCAGCUCAGGAUAUCCUGUUAUCCUGUGGCUCUGUGCCGUGGGCUGUGGUCUGUGGGCGCUGUGUGGGUGGUUCUCCAGCUUUUUGGGGGUCCCUCAGCUCCGUGUCUCCGCAGGGUGAAGCCCCAUUUCCGCUCCUCCUCCAGCUCGGAGCACGUGGAGGGGCCUCCCACCCUCGGGGCCGUGCCCGGGGGGGACCUGGGCAGGGCCAACUCCAGGAAUUUCGUCAUGGAGAGGCACAGCAGCCCCUUAACCGGGCACCAAGACCAAGGGUAUUCCCAGAAGGAUUCUCCCACGGCCCAGCUGGAGCAGAACGGGGAUUACAGCGUCGGCAGGGGCAGGAGGAACGUGUUCCGAGGCCGGAGGAGACGGGACGACGACCGGGUUUCAAGACCUCAGCCUUCAGCAGAAACAAAGACUCAGACACCAAAGUUUGACUUGCUUGCAUCAAAUUUCCCACCUUUGCCUGGCAGCACAGCAAAAAUCCCGGGAGAGCCUGUGCUGGAGAGCAGGAUGUCCGACAUCGUGAAAGGAGUCUGCAAAGAGAAGGAAGGCAAGGACUCUCUGCCCACCUGCCCGGCGCCGGCUCCCGAGGAACAGACGCCCAGCGCUGCCCCAGCGCCCGCCAGCAGCGCCAGCUCCCCGAGCCACAGCGAGCCUGUGCUGCUGAGGUGGGCACAGCACGGGGCACUCCAGGGAGCCACCCCAUAG